AUGUUGCGACUGUCAACGUUGCUGUCAACCCAUCCUCACUCUGCGCGGAAAAGAACUGUCACCAAUUUUCUUUUUUUCAAUUCAAUAAUUCUGUUACUACUCUUGUCAACAACAAUAACAACAGUACUGUUGAAACAGAAUGCAUUUGUUUCGGAAUUUUUAUCGGCUCCAGUGCUCUCUUCCGAAGACCGUUUCAUUCAUGAAUUAUAUAAACCAUCAUCAUCGACUAAAACUUGUUCAAUCUCCUCCCUUCUACCUCCGCUCGAUGUGGCCAUCAUUCUCUCGGGAUCCAUUCGAGUAUUGCCCGAAAUUUUCGAACGAUACGAUGAAGAACUUUUGCACUACACAAUCGAAGACUUUAAAAGUGGUGAAUUUUGUGAGAGACAAAGAAAUCCCAAGAUUGAUUUUUUCGUGACAUUGGUCUAUGAGAGAGAGGAGGAAUUGGAGAAGUUUAAUGCCAUGAAGGAAACGAUACCGAAUGUGAGGCAUUUGUCAUUGUUUCAAUCUGUAGAUGAAGAUGUCAAGGCAAGAUUUGGUGGCGUGGAUGUUUGUGAAACACAUCCCACAAAACAAUUCUGUAAAAACUGGCUUUCCUCUCUUCAUCUCAUGAAUCAUGCAAACAUGAAACGAAUUGAAUAUGUGAAACAACACCGAAAACACAAAGAUUACGAUGUCAUUAUUCGAUUGAGAACAGAUUUAUCUUUUGAUCGAUUUGUAAAUCCAAGAUUUUUCUACACAAAAUCUAACCACCACGAGAAUUUUGUUCAACAUUCAACUGAAAACAAUAAUGGAUUUCAAAUUGAACCUAAUACACUCUAUUUACCUUACGAUAUGCAUUGGAUGGGUUUGUGUGAUUUAUUUGCAUUUGGAGACUCGAAAGCCAUGAAUGCUUAUUUUUCACAAAUUACUCAAGUUGAAAAUAUUAAAAAAGAACAACAUGUGGAAUAUCAUCCAGAGACGUAUUUGAAAUUACACAUCGAGAGGGAAAACGUCAAUUAUAAGAUAUUACCUCAAGUGGAUGUUAAGGUCGUACGAGAAUAUCAAGUUCUGAAAGAGUGA